AUCAGGGCUGGUGUCACAGGACUCCGUGCUCUGCUCAGAGGUAGCGAUGGUGGUUGUGGUGCUUUUGGGGACGGGGUCGAAAUCGUCGUCGUCUUCCAGGAUGGGAGAUUCGUGGAUGUCUGGAAGGGAAGAGGCAGAUGUCAGUUCUCUGACACCGGUGGCAAGAGAUACCCCAGGAGAGCAAUUCCCUAAUUCUGCACGUGCUUGCUCCGCCGCGAUGGCGUCCAGCGGGGAGGAACCGGGGAGCGGCUGCCCGGGCCGGGUGGGCACCGGCACCGAGCCGGCACCGGCGGCCGAGGCGGCUCCGCUGGACACGGCGGAGGAUUUCGAGGUGCUGGAAGAGGAGGAGGAGGAGGAGGAGGAGGAGGAGGAGGAUGACCUGAGCGAGCUGCCCCCGCUGGAGGACGUGGCCCGGCCGCCGGCGCCGCCGCGGGAGGAUGCGCAGCCCCCCGAGCGGGGCGGGGGGGACGCGCCCGGGGAACCCCAGGAGUGGCUCGAUGUUUUGGGGAGCGGCUUGCUCAAGAAGAAGACGCUGGUGCCGGGCCAGGGGGUGGACACCCGUCCCCGAAAGGGCCAGGACGUGACAAUCCGCCUGAAGGCCACGCUGGAGGAUGGCACCGUGGUGGAGGAGGACCCUGCCCUCACCUUCACGCUGGGGGACUGCGAUGUCCUGCAGGCUCUGGACCUGUGUGUGCAGCUCCUGGAAAUGGGGGAGACAGCUUUGAUUGUGUCGGAUGCCAAGUAUUGCUAUGGCACUCAGGGCAGGAGCCCUGACAUCCCACCCAACGCAUCCCUCACGCUGGAGGUGGAGCUGCUGGCGGCUCGGGACGCCCCAGACCUGGAGCUGCUCAGCGGGAAGGAGAAGGUCGAGCUGGCCAACCGCAAACGGGAGCGGGGCAACUACUUCUACCAGCAGGCAGAUUAUGUGCUGGCCAUCAACUCCUAUGACAUCGCCCUCAGGAUCAUCGGCUCCAACUCCAAAGUGGAUUUCAGCCCGGAUGAGGAGGCCGAGCUGCUGGACGUGAAGGUGAAAUGUCUCAACAACCUGGCGGCCUCGCAGCUGAAACUGGACCAUUACAAGGCGGCUCUCAAGUCCUGUAACCUCGUGCUGGAGCACCAGCCAGAGAACAUCAAGGCUCUCUUCAGAAAGGGAAAGGUCCUGGCUCAGCAGGGUGAAUACAGGGAGGCCAUUCCCAUCUUGAAGGCGGCGUUGAAGCUGGAGCCUUCAAACAAGACCAUCCACGCCGAGCUCUCCAAGCUGGUGAAGAAACAUGCGGACCAGAGGAACGUGGAGACCGAGAUGUACAGGAAGAUGCUCGGGAAUCCCAGCGCCUCCGGCACCCCCAGGAAGUGCAAAGACAAGCUGCCCUGGUCCAUCCCCUGGAAGUGGCUCUUCGGGGCGACGGCCAUCGCGCUGGGCGGCGUGGCCUUGUCCGUGGUCAUCGCGGCGAGGAACUGAGGCUGGCGCCGGGGCGGCCCCUGGGCACGGGACCAGCACCGGGCCCCUGCCUCUCUCUCUCUCUGCGCCGAGGGGCUCCCCCACCCCUUCCCGUGGACUGGCAGCUGCAGGAACACGGAUGCUUUCUCUGCUGGAGGUGCCGGGUCUCCCUCCCGACAUUCCCCGUAUCCCUCCCGGCGCGGGCGGGCGCAGCUGCGGGGAUGGAGCCGCGGGCAGAGCGGGGACCCCCAGGCACCCUCCCGGCAAUCAGGGGCUCAGCCCCCGGCCCCGAGCGUGUCGGGGGGAGCGGGAGCUCCCACACAGCGGUACAUUGUGGCCAUCCCCAUCCCGGGGGGUCCUGUCCCCUCUCAGCUGGGGGAGGCACGUGGAAGGAAGCUGGGCCCAACUGUGGGAAGGGAAGGGAAGGGAAGCCAUGUGGAUGUGCCCAAGGGUAGGUGCAGCGACAUUCCCUGUGUCCUGAGGGACUCAGCCCUCCCGGAGGCUCCCGCUCCCCUCCCCGGCACAUCCCCAGAGCGUGCAAUGUCCAAAGGAAGCCAAAGAAACCUGUGGCGGGAGGGAUGGCAGGAGGGGAUCGUCGGAGACCCCCUGUCCGGGCUGUCUCCUGUGGGUCCAAGCUUUUGGGGGUCCCUCCCUGCCCUGCCGCUGCCUCAGCUCUGCUCGCAGGGGGGGUUUGUAGCACUGUCCUCCCACCCCAAACUGACUGUGAACUUCCCAAAUAAAGGACAAUUCCUUCA